UCAGUCUUGCGCAUGCUCACAAAGCACACGCGUUCAUGUGUUUCUUACGUCGGCUCCGGUGGAGGUCACAGUGAACCGUCAGAAGCCUGGACCCUGACUCUCUGUUGCCAUGGCAAAGCUGUUCGAGUCCAUUGGGAAGUUGGGAUUGGCCUUGGCCAUCGGAGGAGGCGUGGUUAACUCUGCCCUCUACAAUGUCGAUGCUGGCCACAGAGCGGUCAUCUUUGACCGUUUUAGAGGAGUACAGGAAACUGUGACUGGAGAAGGAACACACUUCCUGAUUCCUUGGGUACAGAAACCCAUCAUUUUCGACUGCAGGUCCAGACCACGCAAUGUUCCUGUUGUCACUGGAAGCAAAGAUUUGCAGAAUGUGAACAUCACUCUGAGAAUAUUGUUCAGGCCUGUAGCAAGUCAACUACCGAGGAUCUUCACCAGCAUUGGUGAGGACUAUGAUGAAAGAGUGCUUCCUUCCAUCACCACUGAAGUGCUGAAGGCUGUCGUGGCCAGGUUCGAUGCAGGAGAACUGAUCACUCAAAGAGAGCUCGUGUCCAGGCAGGUCAGCGAAGAUCUGACCGAGAGAGCGUCCACUUUCGGCCUGAUCCUCGAUGAUGUCUCACUGACUCAUCUGACAUUCGGCAAAGAGUUCACAGAGGCUGUGGAAAUGAAGCAGGUGGCCCAACAGGAAGCUGAAAGAGCGAGAUUCGUUGUAGAGAAAGCAGAGCAGCAGAAACAGGCGGCCAUCAUCUCAGCAGAAGGUGAUUCUCAGGCUGCGCUGCUCAUUGCCAACUCUCUGGCCGUGGCAGGGGACGGCCUGGUGGAGCUGAGGAAGCUGGAGGCAGCUGAGGACAUCGCCUUCCAACUCAGCCGCUCACGCAACGUCACCUACCUGCCCUCGGGUCAGGGCACACUGCUGCAACUGCCCCAGUGAGGAGCAUACAUACACAAACAAACAUGAGCCCACACACUUUAGUGCACUUCCCCUUCCCGGAUAACUCGAUAAAGGAGACAUGGCAGGGAGAAAGAGCAAAGCUGAAGGUCUACCCAGGACACUCUCCCCUCCUUUUAAUCAGUCUCACUAUCUCUGUGGCUGAAGUUACGGACUGGAGAUUUUCCACCAGUGAAAUGAAACACAGCAGCUCUGCAGUGUGUGUGUGUUUGUUUGUGCAAUAUAACGUAAUAUGUUAAUUCUGUAUUAAAGGCUAAAGGCUGAAACUCCCCUCCCAAAACAGCACUGGAGACUUCAAGGAUAAGAAAUUAGAUAAAAUCCAGUUAAUAGUGGGUGAAAUCAGUUCAUGUGUUAGUUUCGCUCUCUGUCCCUUUUAGCCUGACUGUUUUCCUUUCUUGUCUGUAUUGUUUUUCUAAUCGUGUGGCAGAAAGCACACAUGUGCAUUCCAGAAGUCACAGACUAGUGAAUUAAAAUCAUUUCUACUGAAAUGCAA